AGUAUUUCAGCAACAGAUCAACUUGCUAUCACAUAUCUGCUCCCACUUUCCACAUUUUGGUUAGAAAAGCUCACAGCCGUCGAGAUGCGUUUCCCUACCUGUAUCUUGGCCUUCGCUGCCUUCGUUUUUGGGCAGGACGUUCAGCCGGUGGACACAUGGACGCUGUACAACAGCACAAUCACAUGUGACCUGACAACCUGCCUAUACAAUUUCUUCGCGUACAAGCACAACUCCGGAGAGACGGUCCAGUGCCAUCUUAACAAGACGGGAGCUCCCGGCAUAACGACUUUCUUCGUGGACCAGACCUGCCAGCGGGAUCCCCGCCACACGCUUACUCUGAGCUGGGCGCCCGAUCGCUCGGUCAUACUCUGCAUAGCGGACAUCCACGAGCACAGGAACGCGUUCUACGGGCUAGAGAAAUGGGAGAUCGCCGAGAACAGGAUCGUUCCGAAUAAGACGGAAUGGGCGUGGCGAGCUGGAGAGGUCCCGCUUCCAAGCAGCACUUACGCACGCCCGGUCACUACGUUGCAGCAGUAAUGCUUUACGAACAUCUCGGAGCCAGCGUUGGUAUAGUUUCGUGUCAACCAACCUACGGUGAUUGGGGUUUUAUCUGGGCACAAAUACUAUAUUUACCUUUGCAUUAUUUUGGAUUACAAGGCUGGAGUUUUAUGUUACCUGAAGC